UUUUUAUUUAGAAUGUGGAGUUUUUUCAAAAUUGUUUCAACUCCCAACCAUGUUUUAAAAUCUUUUCGACAUAAUAUAAUUUAUGUAAAAAAAUUUUCUACCCACAACCUUUACCAAGAAAAAUGGGAAGCGAUUAUUGGGUUGGAAAUUCACGCUCAAAUAAAUUCAAAGAAAAAGUUGUUUUCUAAUUCAUCCACGUCUUUUAAUGAACCUGUUAAUACAAAUGUAUCAGUCAUUGAUGCUGCUUUUCCGGGUACUAUUCCGCGCAUAAAUUCUAAGUGUGUUCAACUUAUAGUUGCAACAUCUUUAGCACUAAUGGGAAAUGUUCAACCCGUUUCAUUCUUUGAUAGAAAACAUUACUUUUAUCCGGAUCUACCGGCUGGAUAUCAGAUAACACAACAUUAUGCUCCAAUAUCCCUUGGUGGAAAAAUAACAUUAUCACCUUUAGAUGGACUUGAUUAUGAAACAGAUGUUAGAAUAAAACAAAUCCAAAUUGAACAAGAUACAGGAAAAAGUAUACAUGAUAUAAAACCUGGAAUGGCUUUAAUAGAUUUAAAUCGUUCUGGUACUGGUUUAAUGGAAAUUGUAACAGAACCUGAUAUAAGAACAUCAAAAGAAGCAGGUCUAACUGUUCGUAAAUUGCAGACCUUACUCAGAACUUUAGGAUCAUCAAAUGGCAACAUGGAAGAAGGAUCAUUACGAUGUGAUGUAAAUGUGUCUGUGCAUGAAAUAGGAACUCCUUUUGGUACAAGAUGCGAAAUCAAAAAUUUGAAUAGUAUCAAAUUUUUAAUGGCAGCUGUUGAUGUAGAAAUUGAACGUCAAAUAGCUGAAUUGAAAAAGGGACAUUCUAUUAUUCAAGAAACUAGAGGAUAUGAUGUCGCUGCUAAUCAAACUUUUAGAUUAAGAACUAAAGAAACUUCUGCUGAUUAUAGAUACAUGCCUGAACCUGAUAUACCUUCAUUAAUAAUUACUGAAGAUUACCUUACGGGCAUCCAUAAUAAACUACCAGAAUUACCUGAUGAUCUUAAAAAAAGACUAAUGAAUCAAUAUAAUAUUUCAUUGCGUGAUGUUAUGUCAUUAAUGCACGAAGAUGGUGGUGUUGAAUAUUUUGAAGAAAUAGCAAAAAAUCGAAAUCCUCAUCAUGUUGUAAAUUGGAUUACACAUGAUUUAUAUGGUCUUUUAAAUACUAAUAAUAUUAAAUUCAAUCACAAUCCUGUAACAACACAACAAUUAGGUUCUAUAAUUGAUUCUAUUAAAACGGAUGAUAUUACAGCUAAAACGGGAAGAAAGAUUCUUACUAUAAUGGUUUUGGGUGAUAAGCGUCUUUGUCAUGAUAUUGUUCAAGAAAAGGGAUGGAAACAGCUAACAAAUACUUACGAAUUAGAAAUAAUUUGUAAAAAUAUCUUAUCAAAAAAUCCUAAACAGGUACAACAAUAUAAACAAGGAAAUAAAAAUAUAUUUAGUUGGUUUGUAGGGCAAGUUAUGAAAGAAACCAAAAGUAACGCAAAUCCUAAAUUAGUGAAUGAUAUUUUAACAAAAUAUUUAAAUUAAUAGUAUAAUAAAAAGUUUUUUUUUUCUUAUUAUUUUUGUUAAUAUAAAAUUGUAUUAAUACAGUGCUAAUACUAUCUUUAUUUUGUGAACAAACUCGUGUUGAAAAUUAUUUGCGAAAUAUAAGGUUAUAACGAUAUCAAAGUAUCAUUGAACAAUUUAUAUUAAUGAUUUUUAC